AUGCCUGAGGCAAUCGACCCGAAGUACCCUCGCGUUGUCGCGCGGGACGACUUCCAAAAGACGACAGACUACCAGCUGUCGGUCCAGAAGGGGGAGACCCUGUACAUCAUCUGGCGAGGAUUUGAACAAUGGCUUUUAGUCAUGAACGGGAAGAAGGAACAGGGAUACGUCGACCGGGACUGGGUGAUGGAGAUGCUCUUAUGA